AAUGGAAAUUGAUAUCUAGAAUGACAUUUUUGGGCUGAUCUUCUCAGCUUAAAAUGGUCACUUGUUUCUUAUGAUCAUCGCCCAUUUACUAAAGUAAAGUCAUUCAGUUCAUUGACAGUCGUUUGUUAUUGCUUUGUUGCUCAAAAUGGCCACUCUUCUUCUCAACAAACUGUUAGCCUCUGCUAAGGCGAUUGAAGAUGGUGAUCUGAAUCUUGCAGAGUCAGUUUUCAAGGAGAUUAAAUGCCUAAAUGAUGCGAAUACCAGCACAGCAACAAGAAAACUUGUCAGAUUCUAUGCUGAAGCGCUCAUUCGGAGACUCUAUAAACUGUAUCCUCGAAAUCCUACUCCAUUAGCACCUUCCACGGAUUCAUAUUACAUCAGGUGCUGGCGAUUUCUUCCUUUCGUGUGGUUUGCAGAAAAAAGCAGCCACCAUUCCAUCCUUGAUGCCGUUGUUGGAAAAAAGAAAGUCCAUGUUAUCAACUUCUCUAAUAUGGAAUUCAAUAUGCUGAUUCGAGAUUUGAUGCGUGAUCUAGUGAAGCAGGUGGGCAGUGGACUGUCUUUCCAAGUAACAAAUAUCAGACCUAAACUGUCAAACAAUGAAGAGUACCUCCAAGAAAUGGAUCGCGUACUAGCUGCAGAGGCUAAAACACUUCGCCUGACAGAUUUCAAAGUAGACCAUGUAUUUGCCAAUACUGCAGCAGGUAUUGUUGAAUCCACUCUCAAUCUCAAAAGAACAAGCGAGGACGAGCUGGCGAUAGUUGUGAAAUGGGAGUUCGAACUUCACAAAUUGAUCUUAGUGCCCGGUGCACUCGAGAAGGUUUUGUCAAAACUGAAGGAACUCAGACCAGAAAUCAUGGUAAUUGUGGAACAGGAAGCCAACCAUAACAGUCCUGAUAUCUUGGACCGACUUGCCCAAUCAUUCCCAUACUACUCCAGCGUAUUUGACUCCAUAGAGAAAGAUACGACCGAACAUGAUAUCGAAAACAAGGUAUCGUGGGAGAUGGAUUUUAGGCGGCAGAUCACUAAUGUGGUGGCGCGAGAGGACAUCCAGCAUGCUGAGAGACAUGAAACACAGGCUUGGUGGCGAGAUCAGCUGCGUCGUUCAGGAUUUCAUCCUGUUCGCCAGUGGUUCAAUCAUACAAGGGGUUUUCUUUUCAGUGACUUGACUCAAUACACUAUAGAAGGAAAGAAUGGAUGUCCCUUACUACGUCGAUACACUGUCCCUCUAGUUAUCACAUCGGCAUGGAAACCCAACUUGCUCAGUCUGAUGGAGGCUCGGACAACAAGGAGAACGUGGGCAGUCCAGAAUCCAUGUCGUUAGGUCUACAGUUCAAUGAUCUUAGCAUAAUACAAAAUGAAGGCGAGGAAGAAGGUGAUCCUACUAUCAUGAGAGAAGGAAUUCAUGGAUAGUUUGUGGAUAGUUUGUGGAAUGGAUUUUGGUGAAUAAAAUACUAUCAACCUUGCAGAAGAGCUGCAGGAAUUCAUGGAUAGUUUGUGGAAUGGAUUUAAAUGUGGCUGAAGUUGUCUCUGAAGUUACCGCGGCUGAGAUGUCUGAUAUCACACUGAUGCCUAAUUCUGGCAGCUCUCCAUCAGCUUCAAAUGUUGAUGGUUCAAAUCCAAAUAAUAUCAUGGGAUGGAAUAUGCUUAGCCCAGUGGGUGACUUAGUGGAAAUAUAUGAGACUGAUGAAAAGGAAACUGGAGAAUCGAAAGCCAUACUGGAACCAGCUCCAAGUGCUGACAAGGAGAUGGUCAACUUAGACUGUUCCAAGGGGAUCUUAUCUAUAAAUAAAUAAUGGAAACAAAUCUGAGGUGUAGGAGUUCUUCAAUAUUUGAGGUCGAUGAGGAUGCUGAAAAGCUCUGGAUUAUUAUGGUGUUCUCAAGGCUGCUGCGCAGUAAUAGACUGCACCUUCAAAACAAGUGAUGAACUCAAGAAACAUCAAUGUUUUAUCUUCGUCUUUAUUUCCUCCCACUUUCUUCUCUCUUCUCAUCUGGUUUUUCUUGUUUCAUAAAGGUAAAGUUCAUCUUGAACUAUUUGUAUGCGCUGUGAAGUGAGCAUUGUCUGGCGUGAUGAGCCAUUUUCUUUUGUGGAGUCAUUUAGAUUUAUUCUUUCAAAUUGAAUUUGUGUAGAAUAUUGGUGUUAUAGGGUUCAUCUGUAAAUCCUGUAAAUCCUCUGAAUGAAAAAUCAUAAAUUAACUAGAUUUAUAUAAAAA